GCCCCGCCCAAGGUACCGCCCCUCGCGCUUCAAAUAUCCAAUAUGGCGGCGGCCUUGUUGUCCCGGUGACCGGAUUCCUAGGGAGGGGAUAGGAUGCUCAAGAGUACCGGCUAUUUCAAGGGGAUCGAAUGCCCAUUUGGUGACUGCUGCCGGCGGCCGUAUUGCCAUUUUAGGCACCGAAGCAGAGCGGUCAGUAGCAGCACUUUGGGAGAGGCCCGAAAUGGGGCGGAAUAUGACCCGUGCAGUCCUGAAUUUCAAUCCACGCCUCCUUGUCUUAAUGAUGGCAGCUUGGAUAUUUUGGAGCUGGAAAGAGUCAAUAAAGCCAUUGAGGAAGCCAAAAGUGAGGUUGAAAGAGAGCAGAGAAAGUAUGAAGAGCUGCUGGAGACACAAAAGGACUAUAAGGUUCCAGAGAGCAGACGACAACAGUCUGCAUCGUUCUCUCCUCUGGAGUAUGACCCGGGAAACAACACCGCUAGUAGCGCAUACAAUCCUACUCCACUAGCUAAGUCAAGCAAGAGGUGCAAAUAUACUCUGGAUGAUUUGGACCAGACUGAAAGAAAGAACACAUCCAUGGAGUAUGACCCGACUACUGUAACAGCAGUCCCUAAAUACAAGACCAACAAGUAUGUCAUAGAUAACUCCAAGCCUCCCACAGAUAUGGAGUAUGACCCAAUGUCAAAUUACUCUGCUAGGCUUUUUAACAAGAACAAACAGCAGAAAGGGACCAAAAGGAAUCCACAGAGCAGCCCGGAUGAAGGCUACUCCCCUUCCGUGAAGAAGAUACGCAAAACAGUCUCUGUGUCAGCUGGUGCCAAAUUCUCUGAAUCUGAGGAUGAGUCAGAAUUAGAAUGUCCACCAUCUGAAAGCAAAUCUGUCUCAUCAAAAAAACCCGAGAAGGCCUCAACAUCUUCAAAAUUAGGCAAGCAUGUUCAUACAGAGAAGCAUUCGCGAAAGGUUAAGGAAACAGCUGUGCAGUGUCAUUCUGGGGGCAAUGAUAAACCUUUAAAAGGACACGGCAAUGAUAUAAAGCCUAAAUCUGUCAAGGCUGCUAGCCCAAAAACUGAAAAAGAACCAAAAGACAGGUUUAAAAAUAGAGAGUCUGGGACGAGUGGGUUUAACAAGGAUACAAAGAAGGAGAAAUCCAAAGUUAUUAAGAAAACGUCCAAAAUUAAGAAUGGUGAAAAUAAUGAAAUGGCGCAGAAGCCAAAAACUGAGGAGCGGAAGCAUGAGAAAAAACCGAUGACGCAGAGUUCAGUGAAAGAUGCAAAUAAAAAGUCCUCAGCCAAAAAAGUUGAGAUGCAAACUAAGUUUGGGAAGGAGAAGAUUAAAGACACAGAUGGUAAGGAUGGAGUGGUGAAGAAUGGUAAAAUUAAAACAAAACCAAAAUCUGAACAGUCUUUAAAAACUAAGGGUACAGUGUCAAAUAAACCAAAGGCCAAGACAAAGAAGAGGUCGCUUAGCCACGUGGAUCUGUUUGGGGAUGAGAGCAGUGAAGAUGAGGAAAACGGAAAGGCGUUUGGCUCACGCAAAAAUACUUUAGAUUCUGAUGUAGUCGAUAGCAGUGAUACUGAAGGGGAAACCAGUGUGAAGAGGAGCAAAAGGAUUCCGUCACCGGAGAUUGAUUAUUCAGCCCUGGAGAAAGAGUUGGACUCUGAUUCUGACCCAAUGGAGGAAUGUCUACGAGUAUUUAAUGAGUCCAAGGAUGUGAAAACUGAGGACAAAGGAAGGAUGGGGAAGCAGCCUCCUGAAGAUAACGAAGAUAAAGACCUGAUCACUUCAGUUCCUGGCCAAAAGCGGAGAAUUUCUCAUGUCACCACCUCAACUAAUUCCAAUUCAGCUAGCAAACCUGUGAUCCGUCCAUAUUGUCGCCCAACACCCCAAGAGAUCUGUUACCAGAGAAUUCAACGAGCACAAGAGCAAGCUACCCAGCUUUUAGCUCAGCAGAAAGCAGUGCAGCAACAAGCUAACACUCAGAUGUCUUCACCGCCUCGUCUUACUGAGAAAAGGAGGAUUUCUCUUAUACCUAGCUCUCGCUCAUCUUCCUCCUCCUGUCCACUGCCUUCCUUGGAGUCAAAGACUGUGACCACUGCGCUUACUGACACAACAUCCAAUAGUUCAGUACCUCAUCUGAACGUGCGGACCCUUUCUGGUAUGUCAUCCAAAACCACCACCACAGUGAUGCAGAAGAGGAAAGCACAUGUGCCGUCACUGGAGAGUGCAAGUCUGAAGAGACCGGUAAUCCCAACUGAAUUUGGAGCUAAAGUGCCAACUACUGUGCGUCAGCGUUACCUCAACCUUUUUAUUGAUGAGUGCCUAAAGUUCUGUCCCACACAGCAGGAAGCAUUUGACAAGGCUCUCGAGGAGGAGAAGGUAGUUUAUGGUCGUAGCUCCAGCCGUAAUAUCUACCUGAAUGUGGCCGUGAACACUCUGAAGAAACUAAGAAACCAGUGUCAAGGAACCAAACAACCUGCUGUCAAAAUUACCAAUAAGAAAGCUGUUUCCCAUGAGUCCAUGCUGGGAGGGAAGCUAGCAGCGAAGACCAGUUUUUCUAUGCAGCGUAGCAGUGCACAUAGAGAAGAGGAGCUGACGGGUGCUGUUUUGUACACUAAAAUGAAGGAUUACAUCUUGACUCCGGAGCAGCUACAGGAACAUGGGUACCCACUUGCACAUCCAGAUAAGCCUGGCAGGGCCAUGCUUUUCACUACGGAAGAAAAGAAAAUCUCAGACUCCUCUUGCAAAGUUUGUUGCCGCUGUGGAGCAGAGUUUUUGGUGUCGCCCAGUGGGAACUGUGUCCGGCGGGAGGAAUGUGUUUUCCAUUGGGGGCGUCUUCGCAGACAGAGAGUGCCUGGUGGCUGGGAAACGCAUUACAACUGUUGUGCUGGAGUUGUUGGAUCUACUGGGUGCCAAGUAGCAAAGCAACACGUACAGGAUAAUCGGAAAGAAAAUCUGGAUGGAUUUGUGAAGACAUUUGAGAAGUUGCAACCAGCGGAUGGGAAUCUAGGGGUGUACGCUUUAGAUUGUGAAAUGUGUUACACCACACAGGGACUGGAGCUGACACGGGUCACAGUAAUUAAUUCAGAGCUCAAGGUUGUGUACGACACAUUUGUUCAACCAGAUAACAAGAUUGUGGAUUAUAAUACCAGGUUUUCUGGUGUAACUGAAGAGGAUUUAAGGAACACUAGUAUUACACUGAGGGAUGUCCAGGCUGUCCUUCUGUGUAUGUUCAGUUCUGACACAAUCUUAAUUGGGCACAGCUUGGAAAGCGACCUUUUUGCACUUAGGCUUAUCCACCCCACUGUGGUAGACACGGCCAUUGUCUUUCCUCAUCGGUUGGGUCUUCCGUACAAGAGGGCAUUACGCUCACUAAUGGCUGAUCACUUGAAACGUAUUAUCCAGGACAAUGUGGAGGGUCAUGACUCCAGUGAAGAUGCCUGCUCCUGCAUGGAACUGAUGAUAUGGAAGAUAAAGGAAGAUGCCAAAGUAAAGCGAUGAGCCUCCUCCAUUACCCCAUCAGAUUCCUUUUUUGAAGAAGGAAGGAAGGACACAUGCAUACUUUCCUUUGUCGGAAAUCUGUAACUGUGAUCACAAGCAAAUGGCAGAUAUUCAUGACGGCCCUAAGGAAUCUGCCAUAUCUGGAACAAGAGACAUUUUUCCGUCUCUGUUAUUCCCCUAAUAGGGAUCAGUUGAGACCUUCACGUUUCAGUUAUAUUUAUUAAGAAUGAGGACAUUCUACUGAUGAUGCCCUUCAAAUGAUCAUUUGUUUUGAUGGAUUUUAAACAAUGUGUUUACCUGUGUUAUUUUUUUUUUUCCUUUUUAAGUAUAAAACAAGUGGGCAACUUGCAAAAAAGGCCUACAAAUACAUAGAAUCUGGAAAUGUACUAAAUUACAGGAGAAAGGGAUGUCAUUACUCAUGAAGUAUUUAUUUUCUAUGAUAUAGCUUUAAAACCAGUACACAGGAGUUGAAAGCAAGUUUUGGCCAACUAUUCCUGAAUUGGGGGUUUUAGUGCUAAAAUGUGUCCUCAGCACUUGAAAGAGCUGGGGGAGGGGAACUGGCAUGGAUCCAUUUUCAAACUAAACCAUGCCACAAAAAUAUGGCACAGUAAUAUCAGAAUUGCCUGAUUUCUCUCAGCCUUCAUAACAUAGAUACAUUUAAGCAUCAUCCAGUAAACAUUUUCGUUAUCCUAUCCUCCAUGAGCUAUCUGAAUAAAACUUAGCUACUUUAUAGCAAGGUAUGUUGUGUAGCCUGUACGUGUAACUUUAUUUUGACAUCAAAUGCACUUUCCCACCUAUGGAUACUCUUAACUACUGCAACCUUGUGGAAUUUUCUAUUACUCUGCAGGAAUGACAGUUACUUUUUAUUUUUAAAUAUUGAUGCUUUCCCUCCCCCCAAAGCAGCUACACUUUUGUGGCUAUGCUCAUCCUCUUCGGACACCGGCACCUUAGCCUGGCUAGCAGGCUUUCAUGUUGGUUGGUUACAUUCCUGUAAGUUGGAAGAGCCUUACAUGUAAGUGUGCAAGCAUGUUGACUCUGCGCUACUGUGCAACCCAGUCAAGAAAAAAACUUGUUGUUAGGGAGACAGGGCUAAUAAUGUAAUGGAGCCUCGGAAAUCCGAAAGCUCUAAUCUAUAUAGGGAGUCUGUGAUGUCACAGAAAGUCCUGUUUUUUGCAAGAAAUAUCCUUAUGCAUCAAGGCAGAAAUUGUGCUGUAGAAUAAAUUUAGAAUACAGUUGGAUUUUUUUUUUAUUUUUUUUUUAUUAUUAUUAUUUCUGUGUUUUGGUGGAAUUUCUCUUUAACCCUCCCCCCUUCCCAUUUUUGCCAAGGUGCAAUGAAAAUCAUGAUUAGUAAGUCACCAAACCCCACCCUGUGUAAAUGUAAGGUACUCUGUACCUUUUACCUCAGACCUUUUAGGCCAGAAAUUAGAGUAAAAUGUGGUGGUCUCAAUUGCGUUUAACUGGGUACCAUAAUAUUGAUGUUGGAUUGCCGUUAAGGCGGUUUUGUACUGCAUUAGGUUUGCUUUUACUUUGUCUAACAAAUGUAAUCUGUUAUUGCAGCCUUUAUGAAGUUUAAUACAAGCUAGCUCUCAAAGUGGAAUGAAACUUCAAACUACUCAUUAAUACACAACAAAUUGCAGCAUCUUAACACUUUCGUCAGUGGAGUUUCCUAUUGUAAGGGGAAAAAAAAUGAGGGUCCUGCUUUCUCUAAACACCUGCUCUUCUCAUCUGGUUUUCUUCCUGGUCAGAUAUGUGCCUCACUCUCUAGAAACUGUACUUAGUUACUGGUUUCAAACACAAUGGACACAUGCAAUAGAUGGUAUGGUUUGGGGUGUAAUGACAUAUAUUACUAAAUAAAAUUUAGUUUUAAUUAGGAUUUCUAGUUUGGAAAAAAUGCAACAACCUUAUACCUUCCAUCUCACUUGAACAUUAAUUGAUCAUUCGUACUGCCAAAAACAAACAGGCAGAGAGUAUGUAUGUGUUAAGGUGUCCCAUUUCGCAUAUGGUCAAUGUUCCGACCAUUAUACACUGGUGUAUCACAUACACAAGUACAUUUUACAGUGAUUGUAACUGAGCAUUGAUGGGAAAUCAAGCAAGUUGCCACACAUAAUGUUUUUAUUGUACAAAAAAGACCUGUUAACGUUAAUUCUUUUUGUAAAUAUUUUUUAAAUAAAAUGUGAAACGGC